AUGGAGAGGGAAGCUCGUUUUCUUAGAAAUGGUCAUGAACAUCCUUGGCUUUUCCGUGGUCAACUGGAUCAACUACGGUCUUUCAUUUGCCGGUGGUGCGGUGGCCUGGCGGUUUCCGAUCGCUUUACAGUUCAUGUUCAUCUUCGUUCUCUUUGCAACUGUCCCAUGGCUUCCCGAGUCGCCGAGGUACGUUGUCUGCCCUUGUUUAGACCUAUAGAUGUGUCUCCAAUCACUGACUUACUAUGUCACCCUAAACGCAGAUGGCUCAUGCAAAAAGGAUACGAAAAGGAAGCCAUCGAAAUCCUAUCAUGCAUUGAAGACAAGCCCAUCGACGACCCCUACGUUGUGGCACAGAAAAACGAAAUCGAAUACACGAUCUACUACGAAAGAGAGAAUGCCAUCCGAUGGCGCGACAUCCUUCUACGCAGAAAGACCGACAGCACAGAUUCCAAAAGCUUGCGACGACUGAUCCUUGGCGCUGGCACACAAUUCAUGCAACAAUUCGAAGGUAUCAAUAUAAUGUCUUACUAUCUGCCCAUUGUCCUCAUGAAAUUUGUGGGGCUUUCUGAUUCGAUGGUACGGCUUCUUACGGCAGUCAAUUCUGUCACCUAUCUUAUUUGCACCUGCUGUGCCGUAGGGCUGAUUGAGAGAAUGGGACGCCGCGGCUUGAUAAUGCUGUCUACCGCAGGCCAGUUCUUUGCUUUCCUGAUCAUUACGAUUCUGCUGCGUUAUGCGGAGGCCAAUGCUGGUACUGUCUAA